CUUGUAUACAGUUAAAGCAAAAUAUGAGCGUAUGUCUUAUCUACAAAAAAUGGGAAAGGUGAUGUUGUGGAUGAAAGUGGGAAAUAUGCAUUUCAAAAUGGAUAUUGAUACUGAGGCAUAUCCCAUCGAUUACACUACUAAUUAUGAUAAGCAUUUGUACUAUAAAUCACAUGAAAAAAAAACAAAACAAAAGAAAAACCUCACAAUGAAAAACGAAGCUUACAUGAGAAGCCUAAUAAUAAAAAAAAGGAAAAUGAGGUUCGUUCAUAUCGGAAACAUGGCGAUGCUGUCAAAGAACAACUGUUUU